GGCGUCUCAGCUGUUUUAUCCUAAAAAUAAAUAAAUCCACACUGAAGACAGUCAGAUCCGAACAACAAAAACCGCAAAACCGAUGGCCACAGAAAUUAUGGUUCAAGUGGCUCUCCUCAUUUUAUCACUGUUAAUUAUUUAUUAUAUUUACCAUUUCUCAAAACAAAACCUACCCAAACUCCCAACCCAGACCCGAACCACGUUUCAAAUUGACCGCCACCUGGCUGAAGCCACCCGUCUCCUGAAUCGGGCCAAGUCCACACCAGACAAAUCCAAGUCCCAAACCGCAGCCAAACACGCCCUAACCGAAGCUCAAAUGGCCAUUUCUCUUAACCCAAGAGACCCAAAACCUCAUAUUCUAAAAGCCAACAUUCUAGAAUUCAUGGGUCAUCAGAGGUCGGCGUUAAGUUUGCUGGAUUCGGCGCUGAGACAGCCGCGCGUGAAGGCACUCGCGGCGAGGGAGCGUGGGGAGCUUUUAGUGAAGAGAGCUGAGUUGAAGCUGAGUGUUAAUAAAAGAAGACGAGUGGACUCGGCCGUGGAGGACUUAAAAGAGGCGGUGAAGUUGAGUGAAGGGGGGUGUGACUAUAAAAUAUAUUAUUUGUUGAGUGAGUGCUACGAGUUCAAGGGUUUGAGAGAAGAGGCAAAGAAGUGGGCUAUUAAAGAGGCCUUAAAAGUUGGGCCUGACCCUGGGCCUGUCAGGAUCCGGCCCAGUUAA